AUGCCGACCACUGUACUGAUGCUGAUCGUGUUGCAUUCGCUGGUGGCCGCGGCGUCCGCUCAGCAACAGCCGUCCAUGGCGCUGCCGCGGUGCCGCGAAACGUGCGGCAACGUCACAGUCCCCUACCCCUUCGGCAUCGGCGCCGGCUGCUACCGCGACGACGGCGUCAGUGGCUUCCAGCUCGAGUGGUACAAGUACGCCAGGCCGGGCCCGUGCAACGGCGUAGGGUGCUGCCAGACCGCGAUAUCUUCGGGGCUGAACUACUUCGAGCCGCACCAGCGCAACUUCCCGCCGGAGGCGCGGGGUAUGGAGUCGUUUGCUGUUGAGGCCACGUCCUGCCACUACGUCUUCCUCGUCCAGACGGAGUGGUUCAGCUACAGCGACCGCGUCUUCCUAAACCGCACCGAUGAUUUUGACGUGCCCGUCGUGCUCGACUGGGCCGUCCGGAACGUCCGCAACUGCAGCGCCGCCAAGCGAAACGCGACGGACUUUGCGUGCCGUGGUGAGCACAGCGAGUGCUAUAAUGUCACCAAUGGUGCCGGGUACCGCUGUAACUGUUCCACGGGCUUCCAGGGCAACCCCUACCUCGACAACGGAUGCACAGACAUCAACGAGUGUGUACUUCGAGAGCAGAAUCCGGCGUCGCGAACUAAGUAUCCAUGCUCGAGUGAAGGGGUCUGCAUAAACAAUAUAGGUGACUAUGACUGUCCAUGCAAGCGUGGAAUGAGUGGUAACGGCAAAAUAGGAACCUGCCAUGAGAAAUUCCCCCUGCGAGCAAAGGUGGCUGUAGGUGUUAUAGGUGGUCUUUGCAUCAGCGCUGUUCUUGUACUCUUGAUGGUUUUCCUGAUUGAGAGGAAAAAGAUGAGGGAUUUCUUCAUAAAAAAUGGUGGGCCUAUACUAGAAAAAAUUAACAGCAUAAAGAUCUUCAAGGAGGACGAGCUGAAGAGAAUUACAAAAAACUAUAGUGAUACUCUUGGAAGUGGUGCCUUUGGUGUGGUAUACAAGGGGUUUCUUGAUGACAAACAACCGAUUGCUGUGAAGAAGUCCAAACAUACCAAUAAGGCACAGAAAGAACAAUUCGCCAAUGAAGUCAUUAUCCAAUCAAGGGUCAUCCACAAGAACAUUGUGAGGCUCAUAGGGUGCUGUCUUGAGGUUGAUGUUCCUCUUUUGGUCUAUGAGUUCGUCUCCAAUGGUAACCUUGAAGAAAUUAUCCAUGACAAGAGCAAGGUUUCUCUCACAAUGGAACAACUUAUAGUCGUUGCUGCAGAAUCUGCGGAAGGUCUAGCUUAUAUGCACUCUAAGACCUCUACCAACAUUCAACAUGGUGAUGUUAAGCCUGCAAACAUACUUUUGGAUGAUAAUUUGGUACCCAAAUUAUCGGACUUUGGAAUAUCAAGGCUAAUUGCCAGAGGUAAUGAUGAGUGCAGUGAAGAGGUCAUUGGUGACAACAAUUACAUGGAUCCUGUCUAUCGUGAAACUGGUCGGUUGACCAACAAAAGUGAUGUUUAUAGUUUUGGUCUUGUGCUAUAUGAGCUUAUUACUGGAAACAAAGCAAUUUGUUCUGGUAAUUGCAGCUUGGUGAUAAAUCACCUGGAGAGUUACAUUAAAAACAAAAAAACAAAUAUGAGGUCUUAUAUAAACAUCAAACAAGACGAAGAUACUGAGCUUCUUUCAUGUCUUGCUGAGAUCGCCAGAGAGUGCUUAUCCGGUGAUGUGGAUCAAAGGCCAGAGAUGACGGAUGUAGCCGAAGUUUCUAUUACUAGGUUUGUAUCUAGCGACUAG